AUGUUAUUAGUCACAGCACUUCUCGUUGUUCUUGCUACAAGUGCUUUCGGUCAAUAUCAAUUGAAUGUUCGUGACAAUGGAAAAUUGUGUUCGCAAUGGAUAGCGCUAACUAGUGGCCAACUAUCACUUUCAUACAUGCCGCAUCAAGAAUGUGCCACACAAAUCGGACAUGAACUAAGUGGUAUGAACCUUCGUUUCUGUUGUCAAGCAGUAGCUACAUCUACAUCAUCGUCUGUCUUUCCUCGUGAAUGUGGUAAACAAAAAUAUCAACCAUCAAGCGCACAACGUAUUGUCGGAGGUGUACAAGCACAUCCAAACUCAUGGCCAUGGCAAGUUCGUAUACAUGCUGGUAAUGGUCUCUGUGGUGGAAGUCUUAUUGAUACAAGACAUGUUCUAACAGCUGCUCAUUGUCUUAAAAUACCAAUUGUUGCACAAAACUAUGAAGUCUUGGUUGGUCUACAUGAUAUCGAUCAACCUGUUUAUGAAGAACAACAAAUUAUUGCAGAACGAAUUUUUAUGCAUGAACAAUAUAAUACAAACACACAGGAAAAUGAUAUUGCUAUUAUUCGUCUUUCAAAACCAGUGACAAUUUCAGAUAAAAUCAAUGUUAUCUGUUUACCAGGUGCUGAAGCAAACAAUGCUAAUGAAACAGUUUGGACUUCUGGUUGGGGUACAACAUCAUUUCAAGGUGAAACAAGUCCAGUUUUGAAACAAACAGCAUUACAUACAAUGCCAAAUCGUUGUGGACAAAUCUAUGGUACAUAUAAUAAUAAUAAACAAAUGUGUGCUGGUGCCUACGGUGGAGGUCGUGAUACAUGUCAAGGUGAUUCAGGUGGUCCAUUGAUGUACGAAUCAAACGGACAGUGGUUCUUGAACGGUGUUGUUAGUUAUGGUCAUGAAUGUGCUCGUGAUGGAUAUCCUGGUGUCUAUGCUCGUGUUAGUUAUUAUGUUCCAUGGAUCAACACAAAUGAUGCACCAAGUCCAUAUACAUGCAAUCGAUCUAUAGGUGAACUUUCAAUCAUCACAGAUGAGAUUACUUUAAAUGUAACAGCAACAGUUUAUUCAAGUCUUGAACAAAUUAAUGUCACUUGGAUAUCAACAUUCACUCCUUGUAUUGAUGAUUUUAUUGGUAUUUAUUUUAGCGAAAUUCCUUUUAACAAAGCGUGUGAUUAUUUUGAUUACGAAUUUAUUAGAAAUCAAGAAAAUCUUAUUUCAUGGCAAAUGAUUAAUCUUCGUCGUUCAUUAGAAUUUCGUUAUUAUUCUCGUGAUCAUAAUUGUUCAGGUAAUUAUUCAUUUAUUGGUAAAUCAGUUGUUAUUCAACCAUUGAAUAUCAAUGAACCAACACAUAUUCAUUUGGCAUAUGGUGAUCGAAUUGAUGAAAUGUUUAUUUCAUAUUUAACGAAUUCAUCUGAAUAUAUUCCACAAUGUCAAUAUGGAUUUCAUCCAUCAUUACUUAAUUUUUAUAAAAAUGGUAGUACAAUAACUUAUAAAGCAUCUGAUAUGUGUGAAGAACGAGCAAAUAUAAGUGGUCCACAAAAUUUUAUUGAUCCAGGAUAUAUGCAUACAAUAUUACUUCAAGAUCUUCGUCCAUUAACAACAUAUUAUUAUCGUGUUGGAACAGAUGAACAUGGAUGGUCAUCAAUUUAUUCAUUUACAAAUCGUCCUGCAAAUAGCAAUGAAGAAGUUUAUUUAAUUGCUUAUGGUGAUAUGGGUUUAUCACCAGUUGAACCAGGUGCAAAAUUAACAAUUGAUCAUGUAAAAACCCUUGUGCAAUCUGCUAAUAUCACAUGUUUAUUACAUAUUGGUGAUAUUAGUUAUGCUCGAGGUAUUGGAGCUCUUUGGGAUGCCUUUAUGACACAAAUUCAACCCAUAGCAGCUCGUAUACCUUAUAUGGUUGGUAUCGGUAAUGAUGAAUAUGAUCAUGUUACUGGAGGAGAGCAUGAUCCAAGUGGUGCACCAGGUCCUGGUGGAUUUCAUCCAACAUGGGGUAAUUAUGGUCAAGAUUCUGGUGGUGAAUGUGCUGUUCCGAUGGUUCAUCGUUUUCAUUCUCCAUCUAAUGGUAAUGGUCUUUUUUGGUACAGUUUUAAUGUUGGUCCACUACAUAUUCUUUAUUACUCAACUGAACAUGAUUUUCAACAGUCAUCAGUUCAAUAUAAUUGGAUUGAGCAUGAUCUUCAAUCAGUAAAUCGUUCUCUCACUCCAUGGAUUAUUAUUGGUUCACAUCGACCAAUGUAUACAUCACAAUUAAAUUAUCCUGAUCUUAAAAUUGGAGACAUGCUUCAAUUACAUUUAGAACCAUUAUUUUAUAAAUAUCAUGUUGAUGUCAAUCUAUUUGCGCAUCUUCACGCUUAUGAACGAUCUUGUCCAAUGUAUCAAGGAAAAUGUGUUCAAGAUGGAAUUACAAAUGUUUUGAUUGGUAUGGCUGGUCAAGAUUUAACUAUUCUUCCUUAUUCUACUCAAGAAUGGAGUCAAUAUCAUGAUGCACAAUAUGGAUAUACAACAAUAUUUGCUAACAAAACAUAUUUACAUUUAAUAUAUUAUCAUAAUGAUGAUAAUAACCCAGUGAAAAAUUUCGGUCAAAAAAUCAUGAUUAUUUCGGAUUAUGAGCAACAUAAUCAGAUUAUUUCUAGAAAAAGUCCCUUUUUUCAGAAGAAUCCGAUUAUAAUUGAUUAUUUUUCAUAA